GCUGGUUUCAAUCGCCAAGAUGUCGACCACUAUUGAAAAGAUCAAAGAAAUCGAGUCCGAGAUGGCUCGGACUCAAAAGAACAAGAACACCUCGUUCCAUUUGGGACAGUUGAAGGCGAAGCUUGCUAAGCUCAAGCGUGAACUCUUGACGCCAAGUAGCGGAGGUGGUGGUGGCGGUGGUGCCGGUUUCGAUGUUGCGCGUACUGGUGUUGCUAGUGUUGGCUUCAUUGGUUUCCCAUCUGUUGGAAAGAGUACCCUGAUGAAUAAAUUGACUGGCCAGCAUUCCGAAGCUGCCGCCUACGAGUUUACAACCCUCACAACUGUCCCCGGUCAAGUAAUGUACAAUGGCGCCAAGAUUCAGAUUCUUGAUCUUCCCGGUAUUAUUCAAGGUGCCAAAGACGGAAAGGGUCGUGGUCGACAGGUUAUUGCAGUGGCCAAGACUUGCAACCUUAUCUUCAUUGUUCUUGACGUAAACAAGCCAUUGGUUGACAAGCGUGUCAUCGAGAACGAAUUAGAAGGAUUUGGUAUUCGGUGUAACAAGACACCCCCCAACAUUCUGUUCAAGAAGAAGGACAAGGGUGGUAUUGCCAUCACCAGUACCCAGCCUUUGACUCACAUUGACAACGAUGAAAUCAAAGCUGUGAUGAACGAGUAUAAGAUUUCGUCUGCCGAUAUCUCCAUUCGAUGCGACGCCACUAUCGAUGACCUGAUUGAUGUCCUUGAAGCCAAGAGCCGAAGCUACAUUCCCGUCAUUUACGCCCUGAACAAGAUUGAUGCCAUCUCUAUCGAAGAGUUGGAUCUGCUUUACCGGAUUCCCAACGCCUGUCCCAUCAGUUCGGAGCACGGAUGGAAUGUUGAUGAGCUGAUGGAGAUGAUGUGGGACAAGCUCAGGCUGCGCCGAAUUUAUACCAAGCCUAAGGGCAGAGCACCCGAUUACUCGGCACCUGUUGUGCUGCGUUCCUAUGCAUGCACAGUCGAGGACUUCUGUAACUCCAUUCACCGCACUAUCAAGGACGACUUCAAGCACGCUAUCGUGUAUGGUCGCUCCGUGAAGCACCAACCGCAGCGUGUUGGUCUUUCGCACGAGCUGGCCGAUGAAGAUAUCGUGUCGAUCGUCAAGCGGUAAAGGAUUUGGCCACAAAUCCUAGACCCCUACAGCCCGCGUGCGGAGCGGCGAGCUAAUCCGAGCGGCGCUGGUGGCAGGUGGUCUGUGCCAGCAUGUCCCUGCG